AUGGUCAUUUCUACAUCAUACAAUGAACGAAAUAAUCCUAUAAGAAGACAGUCAAUAUUUAAUUGUCGAUUCUUUUGUACAUUAUGCUGUUUAAUUUUUUGUUUUUUUGUAUUUUUUUUUGGACUAUUAUUCCUCUACGUGGGUUUAUCUGAUGGUCAAUUUGGGAAAGGUGUAAACUGUCUCGUAGGUUUCAUUAUAUUAGAGAUUACUCUUUAUUUAUGUAAGCGAUUAUGUCCCACAUUAAAGCAAUAUUCAUUAACAGCACGUCAUAGACGUCAACAUGUACAAAGAUCACAACAGCACGAGAAUAAUUUGACAUUAUCAUCAAAUAAUAAUAAUGAGAAUUUAGAAUUAGUUACGAAUGGCAUCACCGAUUUACCGUCAUAUAGAGAAUUAUUUCCUUAUGGAUCAGCUAUUCGUAACAAUGGUAAUCAUUCAUCUUCAGUAUUGUUGCCACCAUCUUACGAUGAUUUCGUGCAAAGGCCUGAUAUUCAUCAUCAGACUACAACUCGUCCGAUAUCAUCGUUGCACUAUUUUUUAUUAUCGAUACCAUCCACACCUUUAUCCUUAACAUCUUCAUCACAAACAUCUGUUAAUAUUCGUAGUACUAUUCAACAUGUGUAA